GCACCCUUGACGAUCAUCGAUCUCACUGGCAUCGAGAACCCUGGGUACAUUGCCGACGUGUACAUCUUUGCGGAUGGCUUGAUCGGACGAUCUGUGUGUUCGAUGACCCGACAAUCAACUCACAAGCAGCUGGGGGUCUCCAGAGCGAUCAAGCAGUAUAUCUUGGGGAUGCCUUCGGUAGACAUUGAAGCACUCAAAAGAGAGGUGAUGCUGCUCAAGGAUGUUCGCGCUCACCCGAACAUCGUCAGGAUGCAUGAGACCUUCAAGGACAAGCUGCAUUUCUAUGUGGUGUUCGAGCUGUGCGAGGGUCUGCGGGUCUUUGACUACAUCAUGGAUGCCGAGACACACACAGAGCAGGAAACAGCCAACGUGGUCCAGCAGGUGGUGGCGGGAGUCGACUACAUGCACAGCCGGCUCAUCUGCCACCGUGACAUCAAGCCGGAGCAUGUGCUCUUGAAGGAGAAGGGGAGCUUGACGAAUUGUCAAGCCAAGAUCAUUGACUUCAAGACCGCGAGCGAGUUUGUGGCUCCUGGCUAUGUGUUCACAGAGCGGGCUGGUACACCCUAUUACUGCUCUCCCCAGGUGUAUCAAGGCAGAUACACGGAGUCGUGUGAUCUUUGGACUUGCGGAGUUCUGGCCUACCUCAUGCUGAUUGGCUAUCCAGAAGCCGACCAGAGGCAGUUGGAGUCCAAAGGCCCCACACGAGGGAAGGAUGUGCUGGAACUCCUACCUUACCGCCUGGAAUUCAGCCCCUCAGAUUGGGCGGAUUUGUCGCCCGGGGUGAACCAGUUCUUGUCGCGUCUGCUGGCGGACCGCGAGACAGACCGCUGGCCUGCCAAGGCGGCGGCGAAGAGCGAGUGGCUCAUGCGCCAGGCUCCGCAGCCGCUGGGCACUCGAGUGCAAGUGGCAGGCGAUGCGAUCGGGCUGGAGAAGCUGAGAACCUCUCAAUUCGCAGAGGUGCUGAGCCAGCGGCGUGGCUUGCGUCGGAAGAAGGAUGAGCACAAGGAGGAGCUCUUUCCCUCAAAGGUUCGCUCUGGUGGUCGGGAUGUUGGUGGUCCGCUUGGAUGUGGGUGGUCAUGGGGUGGUCCAAAACGCUCUUCUUCCAACCUUGAAAUCGAAGACCGCAAGAUCUGGAUGGAUUUGGUUCCAAAAGAGAGGAGCAUGAGUGUGGUCAUCCUUUAG